AUGCAUUGUUGUUACAAGUACAAAAGAGCCUUUUUUAUCAAUGCUUUCUUCCUCGUGCUUGUGUCUUGUCUUCCUUUGGUUUCAUCUAAACGCUGCAAACAACCUGUGAUUUUCAACUUCGGCGACUCAAACUCCGACACUGGUGGAUUCGCGGCCGCAAUCGGCUUCAGCUUCGGAGACCCUUAUGGUCGCGCCUUCUUCCAUCAGCCCACCGGCCGACUAUCUGAUGGCCGUCUAAUCCUCGACUUUUUAUGUGAUAGUUUGCACACAAAUUAUCUAAAAGCUUACCUCAAUCCACUUGAACCUGACAUCUCAAAUGGGGUGAAUUUGGCUGUGAGUGGAGCCUCUAUUCUUCCACCAAAUGUUCUAUUCAAUUUAGGCGUUCAAAUCAAUCAGUUUAGUCUCUUCCAUAAUCGCUCUCUUCAACUCCGCUCUAAAGGUCGAAAAGAUGUGUUGGACAAAGAAGGAUUCAACAAUGCACUCUACAUAUUCGACAUUGGACAGAAUGAUUUGACUGUUGCACUUACAUUUAACCCUCUUCCCUAUGACCAAGUCCUUGAAAAAAUCCCUUCUUUUAUUUCUGGGAUUAAGGAUGCUAUCCAGGCUGUAUACAAACUUGGUGGAAGGAAUUUUUGGGUGCAUAACACGGGGCCAUUAGGUUGUCUACCCCAACAACUAGGCAUACGAAAACCUAACAUUAGUGAAGUGGAUGAGUAUGGGUGCAUUACCAUGUUGAAUGAAGCUGCAAGAGCCUUCAACUCCAAGUUAAAUAACCUAUGUCAACAACUACGUCUCCAGAUGAAGGAUUCCACCAUUGUCUAUGUCGACAUCUACUCUAUCAAGCACAAUCUCGUUGCAAAUUCUUCGUCUUACGGUUUGGAGAAACCAACAAUGGCAUGUUGCGGACAUGGUGGGGCGCCUUACAACUACGAUCCGAAGAUUCGGUGUCUUGUUGUUGCUGGCUACAAUGUGUGUGACAAGGGAGAUUUCCAUAUAAGUUGGGAUGGAAUUCAUUACACUGAAGCUGCUAAUAAGAUUGUUGCAUCUCAGAUUCUCUCCAACAAAUAUUCAACCCCUCCUCUCCGGUUUAACUUCUUUUGUAAUAAAUAAUGCUUCAAUUGUAAUUUUAC